AUGUUGUGCACCUUAUUUUUCAUUCAUCUCUCAUACAGAAUUAUAACAAUUUUGUCUAAAGUUUCUCAAUCUGAUUGUAUUAGAUAAAUUUCAAGUAGAGCAUAUACAGCGGGUUUUUCGUAACAUUUUCGAUUAUAUUAAGAUCGACUGAUUAUAUUACUAUUUGAGAAAGUUAUUUCAGAGCAUAUAAAGAAAAUGUCAUCAUGAGAAGGAUAAAAAACUUAAUCAUAAUAAGCAUAAGUGAUAAACUUUGAGCAGAAAUAGUUUUUUGUAGUAGUAAUGGUAAGAUUUGGAAAGCAUUUUUAGGAAAGGCUUUGAAAGUAUUUCCAGGAAAAUCUGUUGGUUUUAUUUUUGUAUAGGAACAUUCUUAGACAAAAGAUCCAUAAUUAAUUUAUUGUAAAUUACCAGAAGAUGUAGAUCAAAAAUAAGUAUAAAUUAAUAUUAAAAUAGUUAACUUCAACAGAUGCAAUGAUAAGAACUGGAGAUAGAAUAAAAAAGCUAUAAAGGCAUGGUUAUCACUUUGAGUAAAUUAAGAUAAUAUAACUACAGUUAAUGUAAUUUGAUGUGAGAAGGGUUUCUCAAGAGUGCUACAUUUAUUUCCGAAAGUAAAAGUAAUAACAUCAGGAUUUGAUCAUGCCUUAAAUACAAUUUAAGAUUUACGAUUUCUAAGUUUUGGAGAUUUUUGGCAAUAAAUAUUUUGGAACUGUAGAUCAAUAAUGA